AUGGUGUCGGGUCAGCAGAUAGCCUCAAUCAAAGACCUGGGUUCUAGUAGGAAAAGGCCACCUUGUCGUAAGUGGAAGUUCUGGACUGAGGUGUUGAAAGAGGAUUUGAGGACACUGGAUAGACAGCUCAGCGGAGACGUAGGAUUUCGCAGGAUAUGGGUUAGCGGCGAAUGUAUUGAUUCUGUCAAGCUCUUGCAGAAGAUGGAGAAGGUUGGCAAAGCUAUGGUCAUGGGCGACACACAAAACAAAUAA